AACAGUUGAUUAUCAAACAUAACCUCAAAAUUAACAAAAAGUGACACGUUCUUGUCUUUUUUGUAAAUAAUAUAUAUAUAUAUAUUUCUAAUUUUGUUUAUAUAUUAUUAUUAUUAUUGUCUUUAUUUGUAUUUUUGACUUAUUUUUUGAUAGAAUUUUUACAAAUAUUAAUAAUAAUGAUAACACAGGAGAGUUGGUCAGAAAUUGUUACAGCGGCAAAGGAAAAUCGACAUGAAUUAAUAUUAAGUGGUUCAACAAUAUCAAAGAGAAUAUCAUCAACAGGCAUUGAUCCAACUUUAUUUUAUCUUGAAAAUCUUAAUUAUUUAAAUAUUCAUCAAACAGAAUUAAAUGAAUUGCCAAUUGAAAUUGGUCAAUUAAUUAAUCUCACGACACUUGUUCUUCAUUCGAAUAAUUUAGAAAAACUUCCUCUAACAUUGAAAAAAUUAACAAAACUCAAAGUAUUGGAUUGUUCACGUAAUAAAUUAAAAUAUUUACCAAAAGAAUUAAGUGAAUUACCACAAAUAACAACAAUUAAUUUUAGUUCAAAUUUACUCAAUGAUUUACCAUCGCAGGAGAAAAAUUUUAAAUUAGCAUUAUUGGAUUUGUCAAAUAAUAAAUUUGAAAAAUUUCCCGAUAUUUGUUAUCAAGAACUUGUUCAUCUUGCUGAAGUUCGAAUAAAUGGAAAUUCAAUAGAAAAUAUUCCUGGUGAAAUUCAUGUAUUGACAUCAUUAAAAUUACUCGAUUUGGCGGAGAAUAAAAUUUCCGUUGUCCCGCGAGAAUUAGCCGACUGUGGAAAAUUAAAAGAAUUAAAUUUAAAGGGCAACAAUUUAUCUGAUAAACGUUUAUCAAAACUUGUUGAUCAAUGUCGUACAAAACAAGUUCUCGAUUAUGUGCGACAACAUUCGCCAAAAAUGUCCGAUGGCAAUUUAGAAACAACCACAAUAAAGGGGAAAAAAGGAAAAAAAUCACAAAAAUUAUCUGACAAUGAACAAAUUAUUAAUGCAAUUGAAAAAUUAACACACGAAUUACGUGUUAUUAAAAUAACUGAUGAAACGCCAAAAAUUGAAAUAAAUGAAAAAGUAAAAACAGUUCGUCCACAUAUUAUUGCAUGUAUUGUACGCAAUAUGACAUUUAAUGAUGAGAGUUUUAAAAAAUUCAUUCAAUUACAAACAAAACUUCACGAUGGAAUUUGUGAGAAAAGAAAUGCGGCCACUUUAGCGACACACGAUUUAAAUCUUCUUCAACCUGGAAAUCUUAAAUACACUGCAAUGCCACCAACGGAAAUUAAAAUUAAGCCAUUAAUGCGCAAUAAAAUAUAUUCGGGAGCUGCACUUUUUAAUCAAUUACAAACGGAAGCGGAAAAUUUGCGUAAAGAAAAAAAACGUAGCGUUUAUUCGGGAAUUCAUAAAUAUUUGUAUUUGAUUGAGGGAAAGCCACUAUUUCCCUGUCUUUUAGAUAAUGAAAAUCAAGUAAUUUCCUUUCCACCAAUCACUAAUAGUGAUAUCACAAAAAUGUCGACAAGCACAAAAAAUAUUCUCAUUGAAGUAACAAGUGCAACAUCACAAAAAAUUUGCAGACAAGUAAUGGAUCAAUUCUUGAAGGAAAUUAUUAUUCAAGGAUUGGGCUGCACACCAGAAUCAAACGACACGGAAGAAUUUCACAAACUGAUCGUGGAACAAGUGAAAGUCGUUGAUUCCGAGGGAAAUAUGAAACAAGUUUAUCCUUGCAGAACAGAUUUGAACUUUGAGGAUAACAGCAUUGCUAUAAAUCGCGAGUAAAAAAUUUUAAUUCUAAAUAUUUUAUAUAUGUAGUUUUUUUUUGUUUUUAUUUUUUUUUUUUUUACUAAUUAAAAGUUAACAUUCGCAUUAAGUCAUUAAAUUGACUGUAAAAUAGUUUUCGUCGUACAAAUUUUGACAGUUUUUUUUUUUUACAUUUUUACUGUUAAUCUAUAUAAAAAUAUUUCCAAAAAAAUUUCUUUUUUUUAAAUGAAAAGUACAAAAUUUUCUUUGAAUUUUAAUAUUUUUUUCUACAUAUCUAUUUUUUUUUUUUCAAAAAAGGUUAAUAUUUCUAGUUUGAAAAACGGGCAAAAAUUUUCCACUUUCAAAUUAUUUUAAAAUUGGAAAAUUUCUUAAUUUUUGAAUUUGUUUUUUUAUUAAUUUAUAUUGAGAAAAAAAGGAAUUAAAACAUUAUUUAAUAGUUAAAGAUUUUAAUUUGUAAUUUUUUUUUUUGAAAAAUUUGAAAAUUUCUUUGAAAGAAUUUUUACAUUGAGAACAGUGAUUUGACAAUUGGAAAAAAAUUAAUCAUUUUUAUAAGAAAUGAUUAAGAAUUAAAAUAAUUUGUACAAAAAAAAGAAAAAUUCUUUAAUAUUGAAAAAUGAGAAUAGAACAGAAUAUUGGAAUUUUUUUUUUUUAAUACUUUUGAAAUUGAAUUAUAUUAACGAAAUGUAAAUGUUACGUUUUAUAUUAUAAUUCAACGCUAGCAGGAAAAGAAAAAAAAAAGAAAAUUUAUAAUUAACAAAAGUGAUUUAGUGAUGUUGAGUUUACUUUAAUUAUAAAACGUUUUGAAAAAUAAAAAAAUAAAGGAUUCGAUAUUUUUUCGAAAAAA